AUGAGCGCCGUGGAGACCAGUGCUUUUCGCGCCCUGUUGCGCCCAGGCGACACUGUAAAGGUCUUACUGGAUGCCUUUGCUAUUCCACCCGGCACGGACCCUACUACUGGUGCCCCUCUCCCCCCAGCGGACGCCGUCGCUCUACUGGCUGACGCGGAACGGGUCCGGCGAGCAAGCGAGGACGCGAGGAACCGAAGGCUUGUGGCCGUUGUGGUGCACAAUGAAGGGUCAGAGGAGGGAAGCGUGUUUGUCUUUCGGGCGCGGUCAACAGGGAAACAACUGGAGCAGUCGGAUAUACUACGGGUGUUUCCUGUGUUUGGUAACCUCAAUAUCAGCAUGGCGCAGAUUCGGAGGACCACGCUUAUGGAUAGUUUGAGGUCGGGGUCUUUGCCACAAGCUGCUCCCGGAUUCCUCAGCCUCACCAUUACUCAAGACGACGCUGCGUCGAUAAGUCAGACACCACUUACACUUUGCACCCAACAAGUCGAGACGUUACGGGUCCUGCUGACUGAAUGCAAAAGGCUGAAGGAGCUUGCUGAUGCUCCGCCUAUCUCCACCGCGCCGGUCUUGACGACCUUUUCUUGGCUAUCGCCAUAUACCGCUCGCCGCGCACCAUUACCACCGUUGUUUUCCAUCCCCGAAGAUCUUCGUAUUGCUCGGACGCCUUUGCAUGGCCGACUUUCGGCCGCAUUCGCUGGUCAGCCAGGAGACGAUGCUGGUGACGUUGUGCGCAUUCGGGAUGAGUGGAUUCGAGUCAAGGCAAGGGAUGAAGCUGGGACUGGUGCUACCCGCCUAAGUAUUCGCAUUGGGACAUUCAAUGUUAACGGAAACCUACCAUCGCAGGACCUCUCGCUUUGGCUUGGUGCCCAACCGCUACAGCCAUACCAAUCUCAAGGAAUUGUAACUAUGGCACCGGCCCUCCCUCCCCUUUUGACGGACCUCGGGAAAAUUGCAAGGAGCGAUUUUGAGGAAGUCAUGACUCCUGCUACCGCCAUGACAGACAAUUUCCAAUCUCCCGUCUCUCCCGAUCCUUCGGUGAUAAGCCCGCUUGCAGGCUCAACGUCGAUUCUUUCCCUCGUCAGUCCGACAUCACCAGAGUCUUCGUCCAGCACGGUUAGCUCAGCUUCUGCAACCGCGACAUCUCCACAGUCUUCGGUCCCAUCUUCGGCAACUUCGACAUCGUCUACUGCGACUUUGACCACUGCAAGCUCAUCCGAAAAGCCGGACCUUAUUGUUCUAGGAUUCCAGGAGCUCGACCUUUCUACCGAGGCACUCUUGUAUGCAAAUAGCACCGCCAGGGAGGAGGCAUGGAUGGAAGCCAUUUAUGCUGCGUUGGGGCAGAGUAAGGAUUCCGAGAAGGAAAAAGGGAAGAAUAAAGGCGGAUAUGUCAAGCUGGCAUCCAAGCAGCUUGUGGGCAUGCUCAUUAUUGCGCUCGUCAAAACGGAGUUGAGGGCAUGCUUCGACCAGGUGCAGACUGCUGCUGCUGGAACUGGAAUAAUGGGGCUCAUGGGCAACAAGGGCGGCACGGCCCUGCGUAUGCGAUUUACCCCGCCUGUUGCGAGCCCCUCGCGAAGCAGCUCCAGAAACCCGUCCAUCUUGUCAAUCUCCAGUGCCCAAACGACUUCGACAACUGCAACCGGUGCCCAAUCAAGCAAAUCAGUCAAGCUGCGCAAACCGGGAUCCACCAUUCUAACCUUUGUCAACUCGCAUCUGGCGGCUUUCGAUGAAAUGGUCGACCGCCGGAAUGCGGACUACGCAGAGCUAACCAAGCGAUUGCGAUUCGAGCUUGGAACCUUGGGCGGGGAAAGUGCGGGGAGCGAGUUGCUUUUUGGUGACGGCGAGGGAGCUGAUGCUGUUCCACCGACACCGACGGCAAGUGCAGGGGCGCCGAUGCCUGCGGGGACCACCUGUGGAGUUUUUGAGAGCGACGUCACAUUUUGGUUGGGCGACCUCAACUAUCGAAUCGAUGCCCCCGACGGGGAUGUGCGUACGAUACUUGCGUCAGAUGAGUGGGAGGACGGCAGGUUGGAGACGUUGGUGAUAUACGACCAGCUUAAAGCCGCCAUUCGCGCUAACAAGGCUUUUGGCACGUUCCAGGAGGGCACACUGGCCCAUCACCCGACCUAUCGAUUCAAUGCUGGUCUGCUAAAGGACGAGCUAGGCUACGACCUAAAACGACGACCCGCAUGGACAGAUCGUGUGCUCUGGGCUAGUAACAACUUCACUCGCGUCCAGCAGACGAGCUAUACAGGCCAUCCACAGUACUCUAUUAGUGACCACAAGCCAGUAUCAUCCGAUUUCACCCUCAACAUGGACGUCUUCGAUUUGCCAACAGCAGAAAAGUCUGCAGACAGGCUGUAUCGCCAGUUGCGUGGUCUUGAAGACGCACAUGAAGAUCACAACGCCCACGUUAGUUUGAAGGUGCUGGAGAGCAGUGUGGAUUUGGGCAAGAUUGGGCACACUAAGUCGGUGACGAAACAAGUGACAGUGAAGAACAUUGGACGCAUCCCGUGCGCAUAUCGCCUUGUACCAAUAGAUGGAGAAUCUGCGCCUCAUCCGGACUGGUUGAAAGUGGAACCUAUGGCGGCGUUGCUCCUCCCCGACGAAAUCGUCCAACUGACGCUGACCACCACCAUCGACAACAACUGUGCCGCUCGGCUGAAUACACAGAAUAAAGAGUUGAAUUGCACGCUGAUCCUGCACACGAUUAUGGGGAAGGAUCAUUUUGUCGCGGUCACCGCUGAAUACGUCCCAACGUGCUUCGGGACUUCGUUAUCUCGACUGACAAGAUUACCCGGUCCGAUCCGCACCGGCGGUGAUCUGUUAUCCGAGGAGCGCGCGAUAAACGCCCCUCGAGAGAUAAUGAGAUUAAUCAACUGGAUGAUGUCGUCGAGUGUUCGUAUGGACAAGGUCUUCGUGGAGCGCGCGGAUGAGGACAUUAUUGACACGAUCCGCGAGUGUCUGGAUACGGGUGUAGAUUUUCCCUUCACGCCCGACGAGAAGGAGGACAAAGUGCCUGUUGCGUUUGGGGAAACGCUACUGCGGUUACUGAACUCAUUGCCUGAACCUCUCGUCCGCGCCGAUCUGCAACCCCAAUGUGUGUUGCAGACUAGCCGUGAUGAGGCAUUCGAGAUGCUGGACGCCUUUGAGCCCGCCGCUGUCAAUGUAUGGAUCUCCGUGACGGCCUUCCUUCAUUUCGUAUGCCAGUCCUCCGCGGAGCCAGAAGCGAAGACGUUGGCAGUUGCACGAUUGUUCGCCCCCGUUCUGCUUAGAGACGAUGCACGGGAGGUGUCGCCUGUUGGCAGGCGGAAUUUCUUGUUGGCAUUCAUUCGACCAUGA